AUGGCUGAGUUUGGGAACGGACUAGUGGAUGAGUCCCUGCUGGAUUCCGACCCAGGACAUCCCGAGCUAGAGGACCCUGGCGUGGGAGAUGAAGAUCCAGGAUUAGACGAAGGAGAGGCCGCAAUUGAAGACCCGGAGUUGGAGGCAAUCAAGGCACGUGUGCGAGAGAUGGAGGAAGAAGCAGAGAAGCUGAAAGAGCUACAGAACGAGGUGGAGAAACAGAUGAACCUCAGUCCGCCACCCGUAGGCCCUGUCAUUAUGUCAAUUGAAGAAAAGAUAGAAGCAGACGGCAGAUCAAUUUAUGUUGGAAAUGUGGAUUAUGGUGCAACAGCAGAAGAGCUUGAGGCUCAUUUUCACGGCUGCGGUUCAGUCAACAGAGUCACUAUUUUAUGUGACAAAUACACAGGGCAUCCAAAAGGUUUUGCAUAUAUUGAAUUUUCAGACAAAGAGUCUGUUAGGACGGCAAUGGCAUUGGACGAGUCUCUUUUCAGAGGAAGGCAAAUAAAGGUCGGAGCAAAGCGGACAAACAGACCAGGCAUCAGCACCACAGACCGCGGCUUCCCUCGGGCGCGGUUCAGGUCACGAGGAGGCAGCUUCUCGUCCCGGGCACGAUACUACAGCGGAUACACCCCCCCCAGAGGCAGAGGCCGGGCCUUCAGGGGCCGAGGGCGAACAACAUCGUGCAGUCAGCCCUGGUUUCAGGACCAGUGGAGGCUGACGUCCCCUCCCCAGGUGGCCACUGCGCCGCCUACUGUUUCCGCGGCGUCUCUGUCUCUCUCUGCUCCCGCUAUGCACACUCACCCCAUCCUGUCGGUGUGGGGGGGCGGGGGUGGAGGCCAGAGCGACCACCGGGCGCCUGCGCAGGGCAUUUACUACAAUAGCAAGCGCUGA